CGUCAGUCUCCACCCAAACACGUUUGGCUCGGACCCACGGGAUUCAUUUCGCACAACGCGUGCCACAGUUGAACACACUGUUCCGUUGGUUUACCAACCGAAUGACGUCAAGCCAAGGCUCUUUCUCCGGAAAAGAGUGUUCUCGCAUCGCCACAUGCUGCGAGCUUCUUAAUUAGCGUGUCUAGUGUAACCGUGGCCGCGGAAGUGUGGGUUCACUCGAAUGAUUCACAGUGAGAAACCCGAGGAAUACCGGCUGCGUUCGUUCACACGCGGAUUCGUUCGAUUGUCUACGAUCGGUUUGUGUCGAUCUCGUUUAAGAAGAGCAUUUGCUCCAGCUACCCGAAUGUCGACUUAUUGUCCUCCUGGAAUCACCAGCAGCGUUUGCAUCGCGCGACGUUCCAGGUGACACUGGCCACGAAUUAGAUAAAAUGAGAUUCUACGUUCUCUUUUCACUGCUGUUACAAUUGACAUUCACAUUUCAACAUCCAUUUCCGUUUCAGACUAGUCAGCUGGAUACAAACAACGAAACCUCAGGAUGUUGUUAUUGCGAUUUCAAAGACACAUCGUACAUGGAAUCCAAGUGCGGUGUGAAGACUUCUUUCAUGACUUUGGUUGAGAAACUGUUCGAAUCGCGAUGCGAUAUAUCGAAUGCUUGCAACAGGCUCGGAAGUGAUCAAGUGCCUCAAGAAUGGUUCGACUUCAUAGUAGUGGGUGCCGGUGUGGCAGGGCCUAUAAUCGCUCGAAGAUUAAGCGAUAAUCCUUGGUGGAGUGUUCUGUUGAUCGAAGCAGGACCAGAAGAACCAACAAUGACUUCGAUUCCAGGUCUCGCUUUCCACGCAGUCAAUUCUACUUUAGAUUGGAACUACAAAACGGAACCUACUAUGCCUCAUCCGACAGCGUGUCUAGAAACCGACGGAGUGUGCACCUGGCCUCGAGGAAAGAUGGUAUCCGGUACGGGCGGCCUCUACGGUAUGAUGUAUGCCCGCGGGCACCCCGAAGUCUACAACAGUUGGGCCCGCAGCGGCGCGAUCGGCUGGUCCUACGACGAAAUAACCCACUACUUCGAGCGUGCCGAAAACCCGAUCGACCAAUCGAUAGUGUCCGACAAACCCCGCACUGCCCCCAUCCCAGGUCCCAUGAAGAUCCAGUAUUACCCCCACAAACCGAAAUUUGCGGACGAAGUACUGAAAGCCGCGUCCGAACUGAACUACCGAGUAGGUAAACGGAAGGAGUACGACCAGACGGGUUUCAUGAUUGCGCCCAUGGUGACAGAAAAUGGUUUACGAGGUACAACAUCGAGGAACUAUCUGAGGCCGGUUCACGGAAGACCUAACUUGCGGGUGCUCAUAAACGCGCAGGUGACGAAGGUCCUGAUGAACCAGUGGGAGAACAGAGCGUACGGUGUGGAGUUGAUAGACAAAGAUGGCUUCAAGCGAGUCGUGAAGGCCAACAAAGAGGUGAUCCUGUCCGCUGGAGCUGUGGGAUCCCCGCAAAUAUUGAUGAACUCCGGUAUAGGUCCCAAGGAACACCUGACCAAGUUAGGUCUGCAGGUCUUCAAGGAUCUACCGGUGGGUCAGAACCUGCACAACCACGUGUCAGUCGCUAUUCACUGCAGCAUCAAGGACACUGCCUACGAGGCCAUGACUAUGGACAGUGUGAACGAGUACCUGGAUACUCGGACUGGUCCUCUAAGCAGCACAGGACUGACCCAGGUGACUGCGUUCCUUGAAAGCAGUUUCGCCGUCACGGGUGUACCCGAUAUUCAAGUUUUCUUCGACGGAUUUUCUCCGAAAUGUCCCAGAACUGGACUAGAGUUUGAGUGUCUGAACGGGGCGCUAGCUCUGUGUUCCGAUAGGAGGGAGAUUGUGCUGAGGCCGACUGCGGUCACUGUGGGCAGCAGGGGAUUCAUGAAACUGCGGUCUGCUGAUCCUGUUGCGCCACCUUUGAUCUACCCGAAUUACUUCACUGAUAUGAAGGAUGUGAAGGUGCUGGUCGAAGGGAUUAAAAAGGCUAUCGACCUGAUGAACACGAGGACCAUGAAGAAAUGGGACCUGAAGCUGGAAUCUGUGGUCCAUCCUCUUUGCGCCAACUAUCACUUCGGAAGUGACGCAUAUUGGGAAUGCUACGUAAGAGCGGCAACUGGACCCGAAAAUCACCAGUCAGGAACGUGCAAAAUGGGUGCAUACGAUGAUCCAACAGCUGUUGUUGAUCCGGAACUUCGAGUGCGUGGAGUGCCGAACAUUCGAGUGGCCGAUGCUUCCGUGUUCCCGAGUGUGCCAAAUAGUAACCCUAUCGCUGGUAUAAUGAUGGUUGCCGAAAAGGCAGCUGAUAUGAUCAGGCAUACGUGGACCAAGAUGUGAACUCCGACGACGUUGACGUAUGUUCGGUUUAAGACAGUGCGAUUGUAAAUUAUUCAAACGCGAAAAAACACGAAAUUCGAAAAAUGAAAGCUCUGGACAG